AUGGUACAUAAUAAAAUUCACAUCUCAAAAAUCGAGAAACUUCAUUACUUGCGUUCGUGUUUGAAAGACGAGGCUGCGACUGUGACUCAAUCGCUCGAAACUACAGAAGAUAAAUAUGCUAUUGCUUGGGAUCUUUUAAUUGAAAGAUUUUGGGAAUUAGAAGAAAUUCCAGAAACCAAAUUCAUGUCCUCCUCAGAAGCUGAAGUCGAGCAACAUUUUCUAGACAACGUAUACCGUAACGAAACAGGCAGAUACGUAGUAAGAUUACCCUUUAAUGAUAAAAGGGACAAGCUCGGGAUCACAUACAACAUUGCGCGCCGACAAUUCUUCGCGUUAGAACGUCGAUUCGCUAAACAUCCAGAAAUAAAGCUUCCGUACGUCAACUCGAUGAAAGAGUAUAUAGAUUUAAGACACAUGUCGAAAGUUCGAAAUCCUGAUACGCGAGACAAUUACAUGCCACAUCAUGCAGUAGUCAAGUUAGACAGUACGACUACUCAAUAUAGACCUGUUUUCAACGCAUCCGUUACUCCAGAAGAUGAGGAGGACGAAUACGGUCAAAUCGGUGACCAGAAUAAAUCGGAAAGGGUCACAUUCAAUCAAACUUUAAUGACGGGACCGACAAUACAAAAUGACAUUUUUGAAAUUUUAAUUCGUUUCCGUAUUCAUCAAUUCGCGUUAAUAGCCGACAUAGAAAAAAUGUAUCGGCAAGUGCUAGUUCACGAAGACGAUAGAAAAUACCAACAAAUUUUUUGGCGAGAAGAUCCGAACGAACCUUUAGAAGUGUAUCAACUCAACACGUUAACUUUUGGCACGAGCUGUGCACCGUUUUUAGCUAUUCGCACGUUACAUAAACUUGCAGAUGACGAGAAACACAAUUAUCCUACGGCAGCCGACGUAGUGAAACGCGAUUUUUACGUAGAUGACCUAUUAACAGGUAGUGAUACUUUAGAAAACGCCGGAAGGUUACGUGAUGAAUUAAAUUCUUUGUUAAAAUCAGGCGGUUUCAAUUUGCGAAAAUGGGCUUCAAAUGAUAACCGACUGAUUGAACCGUUGUCUAACGACUUAGCAAACGUCCAUUUAUUCUCAGAUCCAGAAAAGGCAGUCAAAACAUUAGGGAUUAAAUGGAAUUCGCAAUUAGACGAAUUAUCUUAUUCGUUAAAGGCCGAACUCAGUGCUCAGGAGAAAACUACAAAACGAACAAUUCUGUCAAACAUCGCGCAGUUAUUCGAUCCGAUAGGGUUGUUAGGCCCAAUAAUAGUCAAAGCUAAACUUAUUAUGCAAGCUUUGUGGAAAGCAAAAGUGGACUGGGACGAAACCCUCCCACUCAAUAUUCAUACCGCGUGGUUAGAUUACAAAAAACAGUUACCACUUUUAUCGAAUAUUUCCUUCGAAAGAUGUAUUGUAAUCCCAGAGUCAGUGAAUAGACAGUUACACGGUUUCUGCGACGCCAGCGAGGUCGCGUACGGCGCCUGCAUCUACAUCCGAUCUACAGAUAAACAUGGCAAAUGCCUCACACGACUAAUCUGUUCAAAGUCUAAAGUAGCUCCGUUGAAUUCGAAAAUUACAAUUCCAAGACUUGAACUUUGUGCAGCUGUACUUUUAGCUAAGCUAUAUAAAACCGUGUCGAGAGUUCUACCUAUUAAUUUCGAUAAUGUUUACUUCUGGUCUGAUUCAACUAUCACCCUCAAUUGGAUAAAUACUCAGCCACAUAUUUUAAAAACGUUCGUAGCAAAUAGAGUCUCGCAAAUAAGAACUAUCACUAACGAAUCUCAAUGGUAUCAUGUACCAACACGGGAUAACCCUGCAGACGCAGUGUCCAGAGGACAAUCAGUAUCAGAAUUCAUUGAUAAUUUUACGUGGAGAAACGGCUCUGACUGGUUGAACCAUCCCCAGGACAAUUGGCCUAUUGUACCCAUUCAAAAAUUGCCACUGCUUGAAGUGCGCAAAAUCACAGUUUUAAAAACAACGCUAAUAGACAAUUCGCUGUUAUCGAGAUUCUCGUCAAUUACUAGACUAAUACGGUUUAUAGCACAUUGUUUACGUUUCGCAAUGAAUUGUAGCGCAAAACCCAAAAGAUUAGGGCACCUCAGUGAAAAUGAAAUUCAAGAGGCAAAAAUUCGAGUCAUCAAAUUUAUCCAGAAUCAAGCGUUCGCGAAAGAAAUUCACGAUUUAAUAAAAAUUCAGAAGGUCGACAACAAGAGCCCGUUGAAAACAUUAAACCCAUUUUUCGACCAUAACGGCAUCCUACGGGUUGGAGGCAGAAUUGUUAAUUCUCACCUAGCGUAUGAUAGCAAGCAUCCAAUACUGUUGCCAAAAAAGAGUCACGUCACGGAUCUGAUUAUCAAGCACGAACACGAGAUCUCGUUACAUGCAGGAGUUCAGAACACCCAGUACCAA